GAUGAAGGCAUUCACCCUUUUGCAGGCGCUUGGUUCCGGAUGGGAAUAGGCCGCGGGUCUUGUUCUGCGGCCGCUUCAGUACAUGUGUCGAUACGAGCUCCUCGGAUGUGGGCUUUUAUAUUGGCAGCGUCAUAAGUCCAAGAAAAAUAAGGAUCAUUCCUUGAGGGAGAUCCGCGCACAAUGCUCCACGAAAUCCUCCUCUCCCUCUCGGGCCAACCUUCGCCUCUUUUCAACUCCCAGUCUGAAGCGGAUGUUGUCAUUGAAGAUGCCUUCCCCUUGGUUUCCCCUCCGGAGAAAGCCCUCCUCGCCUCUCUUGCCCGUUUGAGCCGUCUCCACGCCGAGCUGCGAGCGCAUACCGCUUUAAUUUCUUCUUCGCAUCCUUCCGUUAUCUGUCGCGCUGUUUCAACGGCCAUCGGUUCACGCCACCUGGGGGAGUUUCAAAGGAAAAUAUUGGAAGUUGAGAAGGCGAUCCUAGUCGAGGACAGUGGCUACGUGGGUGGUUACGGAAUUGUGCCGUUGUCGACGAUUGUUGGCGAAUUCUCUCCAUGGACACGACGAUUGGAGUGGCUUUGGGAGACCGUGCGGUUAAUAUGGCCCAUAGACACCCGAGAUCAAGACCAGCUUUGCACUGGCGUGGCUUUGAUCGAUCACCUUCGAACGGAGUCGCAAACAGGCUACGUUGAUCUGAAAGAGAUGGCUUUGCAUUUGGUUGGGAUCGCGGAAACUGCUUGGAUGAGGCAAUUGUCCACAUGGCUAUUGUAUGGAAACCUUCCCGUUCUCGGCGAGUCUGAUUUCUUCAUUCAACGCGACAAUACGAGCGAGGGUGAUCAGCCUUUUCCUACCACUCAGUUCGUCGUGCAUCCCGAACUCCUACCGCAAUACGUAACAACUCAUACUGCUUCCUCUAUCUUGUUCAUCGGAAAGACUUUGAACCUCAUUCGAGCAAAGCGCAGUGCGCCCACUGUCAAUCCUUCGGCUAUUGUAUCAACUACCCCAGUCACGCUGCAUACGGAGCAUAUCGAACAUCUUGCUUCAUUGAAAUCGCCUAUAUCAGCGCCGAGGUUGUCAAGUGCUGUAAAUGCCAUCCGAUACUCUUUGUCGCAAAGCACUCUCUCCAAGCUUUUCCCACUACAAAAGAUACUCGAAAUUCUUUCCGUUCUCCAUGACUUUCUGCUGCUCAGACGUGGUGAAUUUGCGACAGCGCUUGUAUCUCAUGCGGAUGCCCGUAUUCAAGAUAGGUAUCGAAAGCACGUGCAUUCAGUCUCUAAAUAUAACCCUGCGGAAGGACUAGGGGGCCUUUCAAUCAAGGAAGGAGACGUUGUGACUACACUGUCACAGACACUGUCAGAGCUUUACUCAUUGCAGACUGAAGAAGACCCCGCAGACGAUGAGCUCGAUCUCGCCAAGGAUCUGCUCCGAUUAUCGAUCAAGCAGGCUAUGGAUGGCAAGACGAUGCUAUCUCCCGACAUGGUUGAGGUCGAAAUGGGCACCGGAAUCUCGGACGUCGCGUUUGAUGACCUUCUUUUCCCGACCCCAACAUACCUUUCAGCCCAAGUCCGUCCACCCCUCGACCUGUUUCUCUCCGCCUCAGAUAUCUCAAUCUACUCCAAGAUACACUCCUAUAUACUAGGCAUUCGGCGAGCCCAAAUUCAUCUGGGUGAUUUGUGGAAGCAUACUUUCCUUCGGAAAGUCCACCCUUCUCCCUGGGGCCCGCCUCGCAGCAGCACUCCUUACGGCCAGAGUCGACUUAAACUUGGCAGACAAAGAGACAGCACCAGAACGCGGCAGAUGAGGCCAAUUUGGGCGACGAGCAGUGCUUCUCUCUUUGUUCUGUCAGAGAUAGGAAGCUACUUCCAGGGCGAAGUUCUUAAUGGCUCAUGGCAUCACUUCCGGGAAUGGAUUGAAGGUGGACCUCCAAAAACGGGCUCUCGACCCGGGACUGCGUCCUCCUCUAAGGGUAAGCAUCCUCAGGGCCUCGAUAUUCCGACCGAUUCUGGCUUUGGAGAUGCCAGUCAGGCCAUACAACGGCACGAUCCCGAAACCUUGACAGCUGCACACCGCCGAUACCUCUUUGCCCUCACUGAAUCACUCUUUCUCACGGACAUACCCUUUACCAAAGCCCUCCGAGCCUUACUGACCAGUGUCGAACACUUCAUUGCACUCGUAGUUCGACUGAAAGGUAUACAGCGCAACAUGGACCUGGAGACUGAUGAAGGGGUUAUAGAUGCUUUAGUCGACUACGCAGCAGAAGAAAGGGAGGUGUGGCAAUCCCUUGGUGCUGCACGGGCUAGUGUCGAGGCAGGGAUCAAGGACGCUGUGGCACGACUACGAGAUAUCGAUGACAGCCGAUCUGGCGAGGGACGACAGAUGCUCGAUUUUGGGAAGGACUCGCGCGAGAACGGGCAAUUCCUUUCAGCCAAUGGCUCAGCGACCGGGCCUGGUCUUUGCCACUAUGUGCCUCGCAAAGCGGCUGGUGUUGACCAUCUGCUCAUGAAGCUAGACUUCGGCAAUGCUAAUGGUGGUAUGGUUGCUGCUCCAGGUACCUUCGGCGGCAUGGCAUAACUAGAAUGUUGUUUGUUACUGGCACAUUGGCUGCCAUUGCUCGGGGACACCCAUUCUCCCACUGUCAAGGGUUCUUGUGGUGACCACGACUGGU